AUAGCGUAUUGAGAGAGCUGUCAUGUUUUGAAUUAUCAAAAUAACCAAAUCAUCUGAUAAUAUUUGCUUUUAUUACAAAGCAAUAUAUUUGAAAAGAAAAUAGUAUUUUAAAGUUAUUCCCCUAAAACCCAGAAAUAAAUCUGGGCCCGCCCAUGUGCACAACUGUUUGUCAGGAGCUGAUGUAAAAUGCAUUGUAACCAUACGGUCAUUUUGAAAUUGCCGCUAACUAAUUAAGGAAAAUGGCUUCGAACGCCAGUUUUGAGGAUCUUGAAGACAAGUUGGAUAAUUUCAUCAUUCGCAAAGCUCAGCCAAAUCAAAACACUCUCUAUUCCGAUAAGUCUGGUCCAAAGGUUCAUGAGAACGUACCCCUAACUUUAUGGCAUCUUCAACAAGUAACUCCAGAUCCCGACAGGGAAAAUGUUUUUUUAAUAUGUGAUACUAACAAUGAAAACCCGAUAUACUUUCGCACCUGUAUUGUUUAUGGGUUUGUCACUGGAAUUGGAACACACAACAAUUUCUUCAAUAAAUACAUAAUUGAUGAUAGCACCGGAUCUAUGGAGGCAUGCAUUUCUAAAAAACCUAAAAUUGUACCACUGAUAUCCUCGCUGUACAACGAAGCCAGUUCGCUGCUUUUAACAGAAUCUUAUAAAGCCACGGCCGAAAGACUGAUGCGCCUCUUAAAGAGCUCCAGGGAAAAUAUCGAUCCUUCGCCCAUAACAAGGGGCAAAAGCUUGAUUUUGUGUGGACGACCGAAUAUCUACAGAGGAAAAAUGGGCGUAGAUUCCUUUUCUUUUAUGAUUGACAGCGGUAAAUCACGAAAAAUUGAAAUUGGCUUUGCAGAUCACCUAGUCAACUGGCACAAGAACUACAAAUCAACUCAGAGUAAAACAAAAAAAUAGUAUUGGUUACUUUUUGUAUUGAAAUUUUACUGGUAAUAAAAAAUCAAAUUUUAAAUAAAGAGAA